AUGCCCCCUACUGACCCUCCGCCCGCCAUCGAGACUAACCUCCCCGCUCCAAGCACAAAAUGGCCCGUCUUCUCCAUCUCGACGCACAUCGUCAUCGACGCGCGGCCAUCAGCCGUCUGGAACGCGCUGCUCGACUUUCCGGCAUACAGUGCUUGGAACCCGUUCGUCAGCUCGCAGGUCGUCACCACCAACGACGGGAAGUGGAUCCCGUUGGAUGACCAAACGCCGAAGGAAGGCCUGGGGCUCGUUAUGCAUGUGCAUAUCCCGCCUCUCCCAUCGCCUUUGGGAUUCACGAAUCAGAACGCGGAGGAGAAUGGGAAGAAAAUCCUGAAGCACCAGAUGUCCUACGAGACGAUCACGGCGGUUGACGAGGCGCACCUUCGCGUGGCGUGGAAGCAGGCGUUCCUUCCGAAGUGGUUGUUGGACGCGGAGAGGUGGCAGGCGUUGACCGUGGUGCCUGCUAUCUCCGAGCCUGACGCAGCAGCUGGUGGAGAAGCUGGAACAGGUGAAGAACUAGGGCAACAGGAUGGGCAGAGUAGGACGUACCGAGGCGAACGCACGUACUACGAGACACGCGCGGUGUUUAGUGGGCCGCUAGCGUACGUCGUGAGGAUGCUGUACGCGAAGGGUUUGCAGGAGGGUUUCGAAGCGCACGCGCGGGCGUUGAAGGGGUUGGUCGAGGCGAGCGAGAGGCGAGCGGGCGGAAAGGCGUAG